AUGAAUCUGACUCACAUGCUCUGCGCCCGUGUCGUCGCGGGUGUUGGUGUCUGCUUCAUUAUCGUUAUCGCCCCCUCGUGGACUGCAGAGCUAGCUCCAGUGACUCACCGAGGCCAAAUGAUUGCCCUGACUUUCCUCGCCAACUUUGGCGACAUUGCCUUGUCUUCCUGGAUAAACUUCGAUACCUCCUUCACCGAAUAG